UGAUAAUUGGCGGCAGGAAGACGAAGAGUACGUAGGAGUGAUGAUGUGGUUGGUCACACAAUGGUCAGGGUCACGUGAAGAGACUUGAGGACCUGCUCUUUUCGUACCUGUCGCUGUCGUGGCAUAGAUUCUUUCUGAGACUGGUAACAUGAAAUUGAAAAACUGCCUCGGAAUGUAGAAAAAUGACGAGUAACGAAGAAGCUCCACCUGACGUUGUUGGUGUUGAGGCCGCUCCAGAUACGGAUGUCCCAGAUGCUGGCCCAGCAGUUGAGGAGGGAGCUGGAUAUCAAAGUGAAAGUGAUCUAGCUGCACCGGUGCCUCCACCAGGUGCAACAGUGUCCGCAGCCGUUCCCCCAGGCACAGCAGAAACGAGCAGCAGCUCUUCUUCAUCCUUGUUUAGUGCAGAGGCAGUAACAGCAGCGGCAUCGUCUGCGGGGGCUGCAAAACAUCGGGAUGGAUUUGACGAGCAGCAGAGUACUAGUUUUGUACCUUUUCUACGAGGGGGAAAACCGAACUUCGACAUGAUGAAAUGCAAUCCGAACAUGAUUCCGGUGAUGGGAAAGAGAGGCAAGAUGAACGGCAGUAACACUAACAUGACGAAAGGUGGCAUGGACAUGAUGGGCGGCCCACAGGGACCAGGUGGCAUGAUGAAUAUGAUAGGUGGAAAAGAUUGCGCAGGCCCGCCCGGAAGCAUGCAGCCAGGACCCAUGGGCAUGAUGUCUAUGCCUGGUAUGGCUGUGCCUUUUGGUCAACCACACCUAGGACCUGGAGGCCCCUCGCAUCCGGCUUCAUCCUCAACAUCGACCUUUCCUGACGGCGGUCGGCAGCCUCCUAUGAUGCCAGGAGGACCCAACAUGAGAGGACUGCCGAUGAUGGGUGGGCCAAAGGGGGGGCCCAUGCAGCCAAUGCCGCCUGGAGCACCUUCUCCAAUGAUGUUCCCGAAUAAUAUGAUGCCGAAUAAUAUCAACGCCGACCCGAAGUUGAACCCUCAAAUUAACCCUUCUAUGGCGAAUUUCCUCGCCGCAACCGCUCGUAUGCCAGCCCAGGCAUCCUCACUCCUCUCGUCCCAAAGCAGCAUCAUGUCGGCUGCGGUGAUCGAUCAGAUGGACUCCUUCCCAGAGGCGGAUCGCGAUCAACAGUUGGCGAUGCUGUUCCUCAGAGUGAUGGGUGAUGCAGCGACGAGCAAUGCUGGCAGCGUGGAGGAUAUCCAGAAAACACUGAAUCUGCCACAAACUGCUACGCUUAUGGGACCCAGGUUCUUCCUCGCGCUUGCGGGACCUAGGCUGCAGUUCCUCAAUGGGCGGUGGGAAAUGUCGAUGAAGGGCAAGUACGGACCAUCGAAAGGCAAAAAAGGCUUUGGCAAAAAGGCCUGGGGAAAAGGAGGUACUACAAAUGCUCUCCGUCUUGCAACUUGAAUUUAUUAGAAGAACGUAGCGGAUGCACUAAGUCUAGGAUUUCCCACUGAGCAGAAUUUGUUGUGAAGAUGUGAGACAGCCGUGUGAGGACGAAAUUAUCAUGAUUUAUAGCACGUUUCGGGUUCUAGUCUACGAAAUUCUGUUAUUCAAUCAAUGACAUUGACAGGUAAAGCAGCCGAUGGCACUAGUUUUUAUGGUGCAGGAGGCGGCUCGUGGGACGAUGACUGGAUGGAUGAAGACGAGGGUACUUCGGAGAACGAUAGUAAUUGGUACGAGAUAUGGGAGAAACACGCCACGACCGAGGGCUUAGUCUACUUCAAGCACACACAGUCUGGCGAGUGCGUCUGGGUGAUUCCAACACCCACGACACCGGUAAAUGAUCAAGAACGUGCUGGAGGCUAUUCGGGCUCAUCAGCUGGUCGCGGUGGGAGGAGAAUAAAGACGGUGAAAAUAGUAGACAUGCGGCCGCGGCCUGGAGAAUCUGAGGAUUGGACGGCAGUUGGAAGCACGACGUGGCUUCGAGUAAAAACGAGCACGGGAUUAAUUUUUUACCACGACAAGGAGACCGGGACGAGUCAGUGGGAACAGCCACUGGAAUUAGCCGGCGCACUUGCUGAACUAGAUGCAGCGGAAGAUGAGCUUGACGAUUUCGUUAUCCCCGAUGAUGACGAGGAGGAACAGGACGCCGCAGUGCCACAGCGUGCGAGAGACGAAGACGAAGAGGAUGAACACUACAUUUGCGAAGAAAUCCCAGAAGUUAGUGAUGAAGUUGAGCAAGAACAAGGACCAAUCACAAGAGGCGGUGAAAAUACGGCCGCUGAUAGUAGUUGUAGGGUCGAUGUCGAAAUGCCUGGUGCCACGAAGACAAAAGAUUCGAAGGCAGCAGCUAACAAAGAUACUAAAGACGAUGAGUCGUCAAGUGUCGUCUCAUCUGAUUCCGAAUCCGAUGGCCGCGAAGGUCGUGGCGCGAAGCCGGAGGCAAGUGGCCAAUCAGCACAGGAGCGCAUUCUGGCCGCUUACAUGGCUUUCCGGCAAAUGCUUGAGGAACUCAAGUUGUACGACCUACCCUACGCCACUGCCCUUCCGCGCAUGGUCGACGACGAACGCUACUCGUGCAUUCCGCCUAAGGAGCGACCCGCCUUGUUCGAAGUGAUGGGGAAGAAGAUCCAGGCAGAGAAGCACGCGAAAGAGUUGGAGGUGAAGAAAGACAAAUUGGCGAACUUCCGGGAACUUCUGGCCAACAACGAGCGCGUCCAGAACACGCUGCGCAUGUUUGGCAACCAGCGGGCACCACAGAUGGCUUGGAUCGUUCGCGGAGUCGAGCGGCACGUCGAACGCGACCCUGCUUGGAAGGCCAUCGAUCGGAAAGAGCGCGAACGACUGGUCAAAGAAGCGUUUGAAGGCAUGCUCAAGGAGGCGCAGGACCGUGUGGCCGCUGGCAAAAAAGAGUUUGCGGAAAAAGCGGAGUUUUUUCUCCAGGGUUUUAUCGCGCAAUCGCGAGCAACCGCUGCCGACUCCUCGUCGUCCCUCAAGCGCCGCGCUCCUCUCGGUGGCAGCUUCAUCGUUCCAGCAAAGCCAAAGGCGUCUUCUUCAGCAACUGUCACUGCCUCUUCAGCAGGUGCGGGAACCAAAGAAGAUGCGAAUGGAGAGGACAAGAAAGACGCUGAGCCUGAAAAUACCUUGGACGGUGACGAAAAAAAGGAGGCCAAGGCCUCCGUGGAGAAGGAAGAGGACGAUGGAUCAUUGCAAGACGGCCACGGCGAAGAUAUUGUGUUUCCGAGGUACGGCCAAAUCGCGUCGAAACUGUCGCAUCCUUCCCUGUCUGGGGCGGAGUGUGAGGCGAUUUACACGGACAUCCUGAAGAAGAAGUUCGUGUACAGCCGCAUGCUAACGGCGAAGCGGCGGCGACAAGAACAACAAGCGAAAACAGCUGGCGACCUUGCCGAGAACGCGAAGCAGCGCUUGCGACGCGAGAUCGGCACGGUCCUCCAAACCGCGUUCUUCGAGAAACUCAAGGAAAAGGCGUGGGAAGAGGGCCUUACGGGUCGUCUGGCCAUGGAGAAGACCCUAGGGGACAGGCGGUUCCAGGAAAAAUUUGGCAAAAAGCUGGAGGAAGUGGGAAUCAACACAGAAAGUGUUGACAACGAGUUGGAUUUACAGCUGCAGCAGUUCCGCUCCGACCUUCUGCAGGACAGAAAGCGCAUCCUCUUCGACAAGCUGCGAGAAAAAUUCGGAAUGCUAGAACCCAGAGGCUUCGACGAGGGCGAGGUAUACUUUAGCUUCGGAUUUCCUUCUCAUUUUAUUGUGUACUGCGUGUGUGAAUGUGCUAGAAAGAAUACGAAAGUAACUAGUUGAAAAUCCAUGUACUAUUACUAUUUUGUAUAAUCUGAAUUUUAUAUUGCAACUCUUGUCCUCUGAUUUUGUGAACUGUAACAUUUACACAUGAUCGAUUGCCGAUGCUGUCAAGAUGCAAACCAUCAUCCUCAUGUUCUCGAAGAUGUCAUCUCUGUUUUCUUCUCUGCGCAGGUCAAAGCCUUGCUGGUUUCCACGCCUGCGCUUGCUGGUCUUGCUGGUUUGAAUUUUCAGGAUGCAGUGCAGCCCCUCCUGGUCGAGUGGCGGGACAUCGUCUUGCAGAAUUUGCGCACCGCUUUUCACAAGUACUUGCAGGAGAGUCAGCAUUUCGGCGAGUUGGACGUACACAAAUACCUAACCUCGGGAAUGGAAUUCGCGCGACUGGGGAGUCGGAUUUCAAGGUCCACGCUUCUUCACGGCAAACUCGACUUUGCGGCAGAGAUGCGGGACCGCAUGAUUCGCGAACACAUCGAAGGCGUGAUGCGGCGCAAGCUGCGCGCGGACGAAGACGCAAGUCGCGCGACCUCCUUGAACGCCAACAUGCCAACAUUCCUCUCCUCCGAGGAAAUCAACCAAAAAGUGAAGCAAGCAAAAGUGGGCGAUCGAUAUGGGAAGAAACCUGGAGGUGGCGGAAGAUAAGCAGUGCUAUGCUUACUACCCUUGCUUAAGGUCACAGAUAUCAUCCACCGCAUGAUCAACCUGAAGCCACUUGGUCUGUCACAGCUAAUAAAAGAGCGCUGGAUCAUUUUGGACAAAGAGAACGCAACACUUUUUGUUUUUCUCAUUUGAACACAAUUUAUUACAAGCGCCAACAUCUCCCUUCCCGGGCGCCAUCAAAUUUACCAUCAUUGCGACUUGACGUCGCUUCUUCGAAGAUCAUUCUGUCUUGCUUCGUCGCGUUCGCCUUCGGUCAAACAGCCACUGACAUACUAUAAUAGAAAGCAAAAAGAAGUCAGAGUGUCCUUGUCUCACUUCUCUUCGGUCUUAUCUUCUGUCAUUACUACCUCUGUCUUUUGUCUGUCCUGUCUUCUGUCAUGAGUAUCA